AUGCUUCAUUCAGUGGCACACCACCUAGCUAUGCCUAUGAUGCAGACCGUGCUGAAGAACAGAGGCGACAUCAUGAUAUGAUGCCCUAUAUUGAUGACUCGCCAUCAUCCUCACCCCAUCUCAGUUCCAAGAGUCGGGGCAGCCGAGACACCCUAUCUUCAGGGUCUCUGGAAUCUACAAAAUCAAGUGAGCCAGACCUGGAGAAAGGCCUGGAGAUGAGAAAAUGGGUCCUAUCAGGAAUCCUAGCCAGUGAGGAAACCUACCUGAGCCACCUGGAGGCUCUGCUGCUGCCUAUGAAACCUUUGAAAGCAGCUGCCACCACCUCUCAGCCUGUGCUGACUAGUCAGCAGAUCGAGACAAUAUUCUUCAAAGUGCCUGAGCUCUAUGAGAUCCACAAAGAAUUCUAUGAUGGGCUUUUUCCCCGAGUGCAGCAGUGGAGUCACCAGCAGCGUGUAGGGGACCUCUUCCAGAAGCUGGCCAGCCAGCUGGGAGUGUACCGGGCCUUUGUGGAUAACUAUGAAGUUGCUAUGGAGACAGCAGAGAAAUGCUGCCAAGCCAAUGCUCAGUUUGCUGAAAUCUCUGAGAAUCUAAAGGCUAGAAGCACAAAGGAAUCUAAAGAUCAGACGACGAAAAAUUCCUUGGAAACUCUACUAUACAAGCCAGUCGAUCGAGUGACUCGCAGCACACUUGUUUUGCAUGAUUUGCUCAAGCACACUCCAGUGAGCCACCCUGAUCAUCCACUCCUGCAGGAUGCUCUGCGGAUCUCACAGAACUUCCUCUCCAGCAUCAAUGAGGAGAUCACUCCUCGUCGGCAGUCAAUGACUGUAAAGAAGGGGGAGCACCGGCAGCUGCUGAAGGACAGUUUCAUGGUGGAGCUGGUUGAGGGGGCUCGCAAGCUACGUCAUGUCUUUCUUUUUACUGAUCUGUUCCUGUGUGCCAAGCUCAAGAAGCAGAUUGGAGGGAAAAGCCAACAAUAUGACUGCAAAUGGUACAUCCCCCUCACUGACCUUAGUUUCCAAAUGGUGGAUGAAUCUGAGGCAGUGCCCAAUAUCCCACUGGUACCUGAUGAGGAACUAGAUGCCAUGAAGAUCAAGAUAUCCCAGAUCAAGAAUGACAUCCAGCGUGAAAAGAGGGCUAAUAAAGGCAGCAAGGUCAUUGAGAGGUUGAAAAAGAAGCUGUCAGAGCAGGAAUCCCUCCUACUGCUGAUGUCUCCCAACAUGGCCUUCCGGGUACACAAUCGCAAUGGCAAGAGUUACACAUUCCUCAUUUCAUCUGACUAUGAAAGGGCAGAGUGGAGGGAGAACAUCCGGGAGCAGCAGAAGAAAUGUUUUAAAAGCUUCUCGCUCACAUCAGUGGAACUCCAGAUGCUGACAAACUCCUGUGUGAAGCUUCAGACAGUCCACAACAUUCCCCUCACUAUUAAUAAGGAAGAUGAUGAAUCGCCAGGUCUCUAUGGAUUCCUGAAUGUCAUUGUGCACUCUGCCACAGGAUUCAAGCAAAGUUCAAAUUUGUACUGCACGUUAGAGGUGGAUUCUUUUGGAUAUUUUGUGAACAAGGCUAAGACUAGAGUUUACAGGGACACCACGGAGCCCAACUGGAAUGAGGAGUUUGAGAUUGAGCUGGAGGGCUCACAAACUCUGCGGAUUCUGUGCUAUGAAAAGUGCUACAACAAAACCAAGCUUACUAAAGAGGAUGGAGAGAGCACAGAUCGCAUAAUGGGCAAAGGACAGAUCCAGCUGGACCCACAGGUGUUGCAGGACAAAGAUUGGCAACGCACGGUCAUCUCAAUGAAUGGAGUUGAAGUGAAGCUGUCAGUGAAGUUCACCAGUCGGGAGUUUAGCCUGAAGAGGAUGCCAUCCCGGAAACAGACCGGGGUUUUUGGGGUCAAGAUUGCUAUUGUCACAAAGAGAGAGAGGUCGAAGGUGCCUUACAUAGUUCGCCAGUGUGUGGAGGAGAUAGAGCGGCGUGGGAUGGAGGAGGUGGGCAUCUACCGUGUCUCUGGGGUGGCAACUGACAUCCAAGCUCUGAAAGCCGCCUUUGAUGUCAAUAACAAAGACGUGUCAGUGAUGAUGAGCGAGAUGGAUGUUAACGCCAUUGCAGGCACCUUGAAAUUGUACUUCCGGGAACUGCCUGAACCCCUCUUCACAGAUGAGCUGUACCCCAACUUUGCUGAGGGCAUUGCACUUUCAGACCCUGUUGCAAAGGAAAGCUGUAUGUUGAAUCUGUUGUUAUCACUUCCAGAGCCCAACCUUGUGACAUUCCUUUUCCUUUUGGACCAUUUAAAAAGAGUUGCUGAGAGGGAAAGCGUUAACAAGAUGUCCCUGCAUAAUCUUGCAACUGUCUUUGGACCAACACUGCUCAGACCUUCAGAGAAGGACAGUAAAAUCCCUGCCAACCCGACCCAGCCCAUCACAAUGACGGAUAGUUGGUCGCUAGAAGUCAUGUCCCAGGUUCAAGUUCUUCUGUACUUCCUGCAGCUAGAGACUAUCCCUACUCCAGACAGCAAGAGGCAAAGCAUUCUCUUCUCCACAGAGGUGUAG